UUUAAUAUAAUUUAUUGCAAAUAUGGAAAUAUUCCUUGAAAAUUUUAACCGAUAUAGCAGAAUUAACUGGAGGAGUUCCCUCCCAAAGAGAUACCAGGAUGUAAUCGAAAAAGCCGUCAAAUAAUGUGGAAGCUACAUCAGAAAUCCCUCGAGAAAAGAUGGAUGUUUAUGUUAAUGUUCACACUAACUUAAAACCUAAAUAAAUAUAUCGAUGAGAUUAGCAAGAAUAAUGACAAUUUCAUUGCGUUUAAGAAGGCCAAUCUUAGGAAACCUGUUCGGAAAAACCGCUUUAAUUCUGCUGAACCAGAGACAAAAUACGCAAAUCAUCUUAAAGUGCAUAAUCCAGGAUUCUACUUGAAGAGGAAGUUAUGUAUGAAGCGAAUGGAAGAUGCAAAAGCUGAGCAAUUCGCACCGAAAACUAAAAGGAAGAAGAUCAAAAGAAGGCCAAGAUCAGCCAUCUCUCUAGGCCCAGAAAACGAGAACAUGGUUAUAAACAUCUUUAACUACCAAGAUUCUGCAAGAUCAAGCAAAUUUUCUUCAAAGAAGGAGAUCCCUUCCAUCUUUGAUUUAGAAAAAGGAUUAAAAACCGAGGUAAAAUCUCACAAUAUAUAACAAUGAAUAGUAUGGUCAGAGAUACUCUAUAAUCGAGCCAGUAAAGCAAC